AUGGGAGCUACUCAAUCCAUACCUGUCGUCGGCGAGGCUGUAACAAUUGUCGAUAGCUGCGUUCGUACAGUAGCAGCAGGAGCGUGCGCCGCAGUCGGCAAUACCGAAGCAGCGGAAGAACUCAUCAAAAGUGCAGAUCAAAGCUGGGUAGAUUAUUCGGAAAAAAGUGCCAUCGCUUCAAACAUUCAAAUUCUCGCCAAUUUCAACGAUGAUGAACGAAAGUCAUACCUCCUUGGCAAACAAGGAGAGGCAUGGACAUCUUUAGGCAAGAACACUCCUGUCGUCAGUCAUGUCAUCGGAGUUAUCAACAAUGCCAAUGGCUAA